AUUCUCAGCAAUAAAAACAAAGAAUGAACGAUUCAAUGAAAGCUCCAAAAUUCUUUAAAAACCAGCUAAAACUAGCGGAAGCACAUUAUCAAAGAGGUAAUCUAAAAGGAGCCAUUGAAAUCGUGAAUGACUUAACGUUUGGUCACCCAAACACAUCUUCAAACCACCAUGAGAUCUCACAGAUUCUCCUCGCCUAUCAAAUCAACUUGACUAGCCAAAAAGCCAGUUUCACACACUACGAUAUCUUGAGAAUCUCAAAUCCGUUCUGUAGCCAUCAGAUGAUUCAAAGAAAGUACAGAGACAUCUUGGUUAAGCUCUACCCCGACACAAAUAAAUCUAUUGCCGCCAAAUCAGCUUUCGAGAUUAUUAAUUAUGCGUGGAAGAUCUUGUCCGAUCCUGAAAAACGAAAAGAUUACAAUAUCAAAAAAAGGUUUAAGUGA